AUGGCUUUUCUAUUGACACCUUUCUGUCGCUGUGCCGCCAGCCUUUCCAACGAAGCUCGGUGUGAAGAUGCGGAGAACAACGACGUGACAAUCCAAGAUGGAGAUGCGUUGCCGGCCCUGCCGCCCUUAGAAGCACCGGAACACGAGGCCCUUGAAAAAACGGAUGUGCCGGAUGAAAAGGCGUCCGAUCACUCCACCGUGGACCCUUCCUCGCAGGAGGGCCACUCGACGGAACCGAGUUCCCAGUCGGAAGAGAAGACGAAGGAGCCAACCCCUUCAAGCGAAGCAAAGGAUGAGGCCUCCGAAAAGCCAGCGGAAGUAGCAGUUGCAGCCCCGCCAGAGAAGGCAAAGAGGCCACCAGAGCCGCUGACUACGCUGGCGGAAUCGAACUUCGAUGACCGAGGCGUCAGCAGCCUGGAGGAGUCCAAAAAGUUCAGCUACACCAUAGGAAAUGACUACAAGUGCCAGUUGGCCGGAUGGACUCAUACUCGACCGUACGCCAAAGGCUUCAUUCGCAACAAGCCGGGCACGGCCAGCGCAGUGGUCAGUGGCCUGGAUCCACACGUGCCGUACCUGUGGAAGGUGUAUCAAGUGGCAAAACUUCACGGGAGCACCAACGGUCUCUCAGUCAAUGGAGAGGACCAGGGCAAGACCAGUGCCAGCAAAUCCCAUGAGGCCACUGCCUCUGGAAAGACGCUGGCGGAUAAGGAUGGCCAGAUCAGCUUUCAGUUUACGCGCGACGGGGAAGAAGUGCACCUCAGUGGACUUGCAGUGGCUCGAGAGGAGGAGAAGGAAGGGAAACCGAAAGCCAAAGCCAAGGCAAAAGUGAAGGCGAAACCCAAAAAGAAAGGUGGGCCCGGUCCCAAGUAUGACGAGCUGGGGCGGCGUAUCGAUCGGCAGAAGAAGGUGUCCGACUCAUCCUCGGACGAGGAGCUCCUGGAGGAUCUCUGCCCAUCUUCCAGAAGAGAUGCAGACUUUGAACGUGAAUUGAAGAGGAUGAAGAAGAAAGUUCGAGAAGGGAUGACGCCCCAACAACGCGAAGAGAUGGCAAACCCCUGGCUUCACACGCAGAUCUCUGACUCGGAGCGUCAGCUGAAGAAAGACAUGUUCAAGAGCUUCUACCGCGAACAGUACGCCAGGUUGAAAAAAAGCGCGGGUCCUGAUUUGAAGCAGUAUGAGAAGAAAGAUCCAAGUACUGGAGAGACAAACAUGGCCACCUCCGGUCUAAAGGCCGAGGGUGGCCACCGCCCACUGCCACGGCCCAAGGGUCUCAAGAUGCCCAAGGACUUCCGGAAAGACGUGGGUCGCAUCUCCCAGAAGGAUCUAGUGGACAAGUAUAGCUGCCAAGGCGAACGGAUGCUGAUCUCGGUCUACGGUGAUCUCUUUGAUGUCUCUGAUCGACCGGAUAAAUACGGUGCCGAUGGACCCUACUGGUACAUGACCGGAAAGGAUAUCACCUGGGCCCUGGUCAGUGGCGAGGACACCGAAGAGCAGAUGGACAAGUUCUAUGAUUUGUUCAAGAUUCAGCCCGCAGAAAGCGCAGACCGGAUGGAGCAGAGCAUGGGGCACCGCGUGCAGCGGUAUGCACGGGCCUGA